AUAGACAAAGCAAAGCUCUUCGCAUUUUCAUUUUCGCUUCCUCACCUCUCUCUCUCUCUCUUCCCCAAAAUUACAGACUCUCUCUCUUUCUCUCUGUCCGUCUCUGCAACGAUGAGCAAGGGACCUGGACUUUUCUCCGACAUCGGCAAAAAAGCCAAAGAUCUUCUAACGAAGGACUACAACUCCGAUCAGAAGUUCACCGUCUCCACCUACAGCGAUGCCGGUGUGGCCCUCACGUCAACAGCGGUGAAGAAAGGAGGACUUUCCACUGGGGACAUCGUGACACAAUACAAGUACAAGAACACUGUGGUUGAUGUCAAAGUUGACACAGAAUCAAAUAUCUCAACAACCUUCACGAUCAAUGAGAUUGUCCCAUCAACAAAGACUAUUGCUUCAUUCAAAAUACCUGAUCAUAACUCUGGCAAGUUGGAGGUUCAGUACUUCCAUGACCAUGCAACCUUCACUACAGCCGUUGCCUUGAAUCAAUCGCCAGCCAUUGAUUUUUCAGCCACAAUUGGUACCCCAACCAUUGCAUUUGGUGCAGAAGGGGGUUAUGACACUACUUCUGGAAACUUUACAAAGUACACUGCUGGAAUUAGCGUGAACAAACCAGACCAGUCUGCUUCAAUAAUUCUGGGUGACAAGGGAGACAGUAUAAGAGCAUCUUAUGUGCAUUUUCUGGAUGUGUUGAAGAGGACUGCUACUGUGGGAGAGAUCACUAGAAAGUUUUCCACAAACGAGAACACUUUCACAGUGGGAGGGUCAUAUGCUAUUGAUCUUCUGACUGUAGUGAAAGCUAAGCUCAACAAUCAUGGAAAGCUGGGGGCCCUCCUGCAGCAUGAGGUCAUACCAAAGUCGUUGGUGACAAUAUCUGGGGAGAUUGACACCAAGGCCCUGGACAAAAAUCCCAGGUUUGGAGUGGCCAUUGCCCUCAAGCCGUGAUUUUUAGGCGUUAAUGAUGCCUUGCUGGAACGUAAUACCUGGUUCAAUUUUUUGGCUGGCUCUUGAGAGGAGCACUUAAUAAUUAGUUUCCACAGAAACAUGUUUCCUAGUCCUUGAUCACUGUGGAUGGAUUGUUUGAUGCUCGGGCUCUACCGUGGUCUCCUUUUGUUCUUUUUCUCUAUAUUCUUUUGGCUUAUAACUGUAGGUCGCCAAGGCGUUGCACAUUCUAGUUUCGUUGUAUGGAGAAACCUUAGAAUUCUGAUUGAUAGAGAAUUUGUUUACAUAUGUUGUGCCAGGUGAUAUGCCACUUGUCUGUUUGAAUGAAUCCACCUGCCGAAAGUAA